UACAUCUGCGCAUGCGCGAAUUUUUUUUUUUCAAAGAAAGUGAGCAAAAAGUAACCAGUGAUUUAUAUUUAUAAAGUAAAAUUCAUUUAAUAAUAAAUAUGUACAAAUUCAAAACAUUUUCUUUGAUAAAACGCGACUCUCUUCGUUACCCAGUAGUGAGUAAUGGAAUAUUAUUUAUAACCAGUGACAAUAGUAAUAUAUAUACUUAUGAUGGAAAAUGUCCUGGAAUUUGGUCGUACAAUUUAUCAUUGAACCAGUGGAAUAUAUUAAUGAGAUUGAAUAAUUAUUUGCGACCAUGGAGUGAAGAUGACAUAAUUGGAAUCGUCAAAGAAAACAAUCUCAUCAAAAUAUUCAGUAUCAAUGACACUUCCGGUGAGGCUAAAACUCGUUUGCAUAUUUGUAAUUUAACGACCAAGAAAGUCGACGUGCAGAAUUUAAAUGGUUUCAUUCCACGCACAGUUUUUGUCUCGCGUAAAAAUAUUAUUUAUUAUGACAAUUGUUAUUACACUGCGGUAUGCGUCACUCCAGAUGACAACGGCUACGCAGAAACAGAUAUCUAUCGAUUAAAUAUCGAUUCUUUCACAUGGGAAUGCGUCUACAAGUCAAGUGGAUUGGACCCUCAUCAGCCACUGGUUGAGUCCGCGAUCGCAUUAAUUUAUAACGAAAAAAAAAUAUAUUUUUUUCACAGCCUCACUAUGUACAAGCUCGUGUCCACAUUCGACUUGGAUACUUAUCACUGGGAUACACUGCAGACAAUUGGUGAUGAUCGUAAUCACGGAGGACCAUUUCAUCCACCCUGGAGAUCUUCCUUCAGUAUGACAGAGUAUGUUGACCCGGACAGCAAUGACACGUGUCUGCUGGUAUCAGGGGGCGAGGAUCUCAUGACUUUCAAUGCAGAUACUGAUAUCUGGAAGUUAAAUUUGUCGACGUUGACUUGGAGAUGUCUUGGUAAUUUUGGAAACCUGUCAUAUCAGUGCUUCCUUCGUCGCUGGGCCUGCGUUACUCCGAACGGCAGACUGCUCACUUGUGAUGAGAGUUCUGACAACCGGAUAAAUAGAUUUACGCUUCUUGGACAAGAAUCCCGAAGCUUGUUGACAUUUGCUGGGAUGCUGUGCUCCAUUAUUACCCAGACUUGAUCACCGAGACUAAGGAUGAGGUUCAAAUUAAAUAUGGGGUUCCUUGGAACUUCAUACAGUCGCGGAUAAAUUAAAUUAUUUGGCUCAUUGAUUCGUCAUCAACAAAUGUCAGAUAUUUGUGACUGUUCCAAGAGCUGGAUAGUCUUCUCUAUUAUCAAUCCGUAUGUUGAUAUUUAUUUUUUAAAUUAUAAUUAAUAAUAAAAAAAACUCUGUAUUGAGAAAUUUGAAUUUUCGCGGGUAUAAAAC